GUUUCCUCGUAGCAAAAUUACAUAUUUUAUCGAGUUAUGUUCUGCGGCUGUAAUUAUCUUAAUUUAUAUUUUUUUCCUACCAAAUUGCACGUUCGAACGAUUUUUUUAACAGUAAUCACGACAGCCCAAAAUGACCCAGCCGCAGUCCGAAAUUAAUCCGGACCUACAAACAACACCAGAAGGACAGUCAUCACAAGGUUGUCAGUUACCCAUGGAAAAACCUGAGAAUGUUUCCUACGAAAACCCAAAGGACAAAAAUUAUACUUUAAGCAAAAUUGAUGUUAGUAUGAAAAAAUCUCCUUCAGAAAGAGCCUCUCCAAGAGGUUCUACAAAACAUCUUUCCCCUAAAGUUAUGUCUGAAAAUAAUCUGUUAACUAAACCAGAAGAUGUGCCCCAGGUCGACAAAACACCAGAAGAUGCGCCGGUGGCUCAGGAAAAACCUGAAUGUCCCGAAGACGUAGUGAAAGAUGACAAAGUGCCAGGGAAAGAUCUGGAAGUUUGUCCAAGGAAGGGUUCCCCCAAAGGUUCAACUAAACAGUUAAUGCGGAAACAAUCAGUAAAGACCAUUUCAGAUAUUCCUCUAAAACAACAACAAUCGUCUCUAGAACUAAGUAAUGAUGCGAUGUCUUCGAUCACUCCGUCAGUGACAAGUAUAAUAAUCAACAACAAUUUGGAGCAGGAAAAGCACGAAAAUGAGAAAACUGAAAAAGAAAACUUGUCCACGGAACGUUCAGAAAGUCCUUCAGCCAAAACGAAGGAGAAAACUUCCACGAAAAGUCUUACCAAGGCGCCUUCUAAGGUCGAAUUCGUCGAGAAUGCGGAACCAAAUGUUGACCUAGUAACCACGCCCAACACUGAGGGGUUGAAACCGAAGAAGGAGGAAUAUGAGAAAAUACUGAAUGAGAACCUGAAAAUUAAGAACUUGUCACCUUGUACUCCGAGAAGAACAUCUCAAACUAGAAAGCCGGGUACAGUCGCCAAAAAAAGUGACAAGGUCGUUACGGAAGUGUGUUCGCAGGACAUGAAAGUAUCCAUGGAAAAACACGACAAAAUAGACACCGAAAGUGUAAAAGUCAAAAGUCCGCCUGUCAAAAAACCGGUGAUCUGUUGUUCGAGAAAGCCUUCAACGGAUAAAACAAGCAUCAAAUCCAUCAGUAUUGUUUCCAAAAUUCCCAUCUUAAAAAAACCCAGCACGCCGAAACAGUCGAACGCCUCCAGCCCAAAAACGGCGCCGAAACUACCACUAAAAGCCAAAACGGGUAAGAAACUGGGGACAAGCGAGGGGCAGAAUUUGAAGGCGGAGCUGGAACGCCAGAAACAACUAGCUGAAGAUCUGACCAACGAAUUAAGCGAAAAGGAUGCGGCCCAUGCCAAGGCAAUUGCCGAAUUGAAUCUGACAAUUAAGGAGCUCGAAGAAAAAGUCGAAAAACUGGAAAAGGAGUUGGCGUCUGAAAGAAGAGUGUCGCAGGAGUUCAGGUGUAAAAUUUCCGCCGACUCGCAAACCAUCAAGAUGCUUAAAGGAACGCUGAUCAGCAUGGAUACGAAGGUGCAGGACACCGAAAAGAAGCACGCCGACCUCGCAAAGAGAAUAAAGACUAUUCAAGACGGGCACAAGUCGAAAGAAGGUCAGUGGCAGAAAGAGAACAACGAACUGAAGAAGACAAUGAAGGAACAAGAGAUGGUGUUGCAGAAGAUUGCGAAGGACCGGGAUCAGUUCGAGACCCGGUUCUUGGUUAAUAUUACGCUGAGAGCCAUCACCGAAUUCAUCAUCCCGGGAAUGUAGCGUAAUGCAUCUAUCCUAAUACCCCGCAUAAACAUUUUUGUGGUGUCUAUUUUUUAUAUUUAUAUUAAGUGUGAUGAAUAUACAUUUUAUAUACAUUUUUA